AAAUUUUAUUAUAAUAUGCUGUCUUUCAACUUCAACAUCAUAGAAAAAGGGAAGGCGCACCAUCGCUUACUGUUUGUUUGAAGGAGAAGCUCUAUAGGGGACGGAGAGAUGAGAAGAGAGUGCCAUCCUUUGUUGAGUGGAGGGAGAACUAGAGAGAGCAAGCACAAUCAUGGGCUCUCUUCUGCUGAGAUGGAUUCGCUUGCUAGUCUAUGCGAAACCAUAUUGCCUUCUCUGCCACCACCUGUUACUACUUUCGACGGAAAACAACACCUACCUACCAAGGCCGUGCAGGCCCUAUACAGAGCUUCUGCCUCUCAAACGCCAGUGCCUGAUGAGAUUGCAGAGCUUUUAAGGAAGAGGGGUUUGCCAGAAGCCGUGUUCCUGGUGAGAUUGGUUCUAUGGCUUCUAUCUACCAGGCUGGGUACAUUUUUGCUUUGCGGGUCUCUUUGUUUUGGGGAGAAAUGGCUCUGCAUUCAGAAUUUUUCAAGCAUCUCUUUGGAUAAGAGGGAGAAGGUUCUGCAGAAAUGGUUCAAACGCAGGUUUUUUACACCUAUCAGAAUUGCCUUCAUUUAUGUCAAGGUCUUGUGCGUCUUCGUUUUCUUCUCUCGGGUUGGUCAAAAUGGUGACAACCCAGCAUGGGAAGCCAUUGAAUAUUGUGCAGGCACUGAUGAAAAUCCAAACCAGGUUUCGAAGGAGAGGCCCCUUCAAAAGGGAUUGAUAGAUACGAAUCAAGAAACUGACUCCACCCUUCUCCGCUCUCUUACUGAAAAAGGCCUAGAAGUUACGCGAGAUCCUCGAAGGAACCUUUGUAAAAUCAAAUGUGAUGUUGUUAUUGUUGGCUCCGGUUGUGGUGGAGGAGUUGCCGCGGCUGUUCUUGCAGCUUCUGGGCAAAAGGUCUUUGUUCUCGAGAAAGGGAACUACUUUACUGCUGCGGAUUAUUCUGGCUUGGAAGGCCCUUCCAUAGCUCAACUAUACGAAUCAGGUGGAUUGCUUGCAAGUGCUGAUGCAGGGAUGAUAAUUAUGGCAGGAUCAGCAGUUGGAGGAGGUUCUGUUGUUAAUUGGUCAGCAUCCAUCAAAACACCAAACUCUGUGCUUCAGGAAUGGACCAAGAACCAGAAAAUUCCACUUUUUGGAAGCCCUGAAUAUUUUUCUGCCAUGGAUACUGUUUGUGCGAGAAUAGGAGUUACAGAGAAUUGUAAAGUGGAAGGAUUUCAGAAUCAAGUACUUCGAAAAGGGUGUGAGCGCCUUGGUGUUCCCGUCAAAACCGUCCCACGAAAUACCUCAGAGAGACAUUAUUGUGGCUCUUGUGGUUAUGGUUGUCGAAAAGGAGAGAAGAAAGGGACUGAUCGUACAUGGCUGGUCGAUGCCGUUGAUCACGGGGCAGUGAUCUUAACAGGAUGCAAAGCAGAGAGAUUUCUAUUGGAAAAGAACAAGGGCUUAGGUAAACGAAAAAAGAAGUGCUUGGGAGUGAUCGCAAAAAUUAUAAACAGUAACAUCAUAACAAGAUUGCAAAUUGAGGCCAAGGUAACAAUCUCAGCAUGUGGAGCUCUCUUGACACCGCCUUUAAUGAUCUCUAGUGGGUUGAAGAAUCAGAAUAUAGGUAGGAACCUUCAUCUACACCCUGUCCUAAUGGCCUGGGGAUACUUUCCCGAGUCAAAUUCAGAGUUCAAGGGUAAAGUAUACGAUGGUGGAAUAAUCACAGCAGUUCAUGAAGUGGUAGCAGGAGACUCCAAUGUAAGGGCAAUUGUAGAAACCCCUGGAUUAGGGCCUUCUUCAUUUUCUGUAUUAUGCCCCUGGGUGUCAGGGCAUGACAUGAAGAACAGAAUGAUGAAGUAUGCAAGAACUGCUCACCUCAUAACAAUAAUAAGAGACAGCGGGUCUGGAAAGGUUACGACGGAGGGAAGGAUAUCCUAUAAAUUAGAUGCAUCGGACAGAGACAAUCUCAAGGUAGGGCUGCGGCAGGCAUUGAGAAUUUUAGUAGCAGCGGGAGCUGUCGAAGUGGGUACACAUAGAAGCGAUGGGCAGAGGAUCAAAUGUAGAGGGAUCAAAAAAGAGGAUCUGGAGGAAUUUUUGGACACAGUUUAUGCUACCGGGGGGGCACUGUCAAUGGAAGAGGACUGGAUGUUUUACUCCUCAGCCCAUCAAAUGGGGAGCUGCAGGAUGGGGAUUAAAGAAAAAGAAGGUGCUGUUGAUGAGAAUGGAGAAAGUUGGGAAGCAGAAGGCCUGUUCGUUUGUGACGCUAGUGUUUUGCCAAGUGCUGUGGGUGUUAAUCCAAUGAUCACAAUCCAGUCCACUGCUUACUGUCUCUCAAAGAAAAUAGCAGAGUCCUUACGCGAAGACUAAAGACCAAUCCUCUAGAGCUUACAGAAUCCUGUUAAUCCUAAACUUGUCCAAGAAAAUAAUUUGUUUCAGCAGGAAUCAAAUUAUAAGACUUGAUUAGUAAUGGUCUCAAUUGCCAAAAAUUUGCAAUAACAUCGCAUUAUUAAUAAUAAAAACACUUUUUCUCUAA